GGAAGCCCGUUAAGUGAAAGCGUCUUCUAUUCCAACCAGAGCCGUUUGAUGUUCGACAUCCUCAAGGUCGUGCGGUCAAUAUUUCUGAAGGAAUGUUCACAUGGAUAUUGCCUUCGAAUUGGCUUGUGAAGCACUCAAAUGUAACGAAGUUCCAGUAGGAUGUGCUUUUGUUUAUAAUGGAGAAGUAAUUGCAUCUGGUCGCAACGAAGUGAAUGCAACUAGAGAUGCUACUCAACAUGCCGAGAUGGUUACUAUUAGACGACUGGAACAAUGGUGUCGAAAUAACGAAAAGGAGCUUGACAAGGUUUUGACCGAAUGCGACCUUUUUGUUACAGUGGAACCCUGCAUUAUGUGUACGGCUGCUAUACGGUUUUGUCUUCCAGCUCAUCUGAGAAGUAUUACAUACGGUGCUCGUAAUGAACGGUUUGGUGGAUGUGGUUCAGUCCUAAAUGUACACAAUUCUCCUAGUCCAGUCGCUCCGCUAAACUGCAUAUCCGGUGUUGAAGCGGAGGCAGCUGUUAAACUGCUAAAGAAGUUCUAUGAACAAGAAAACGAAAAUGCUCCCGAAGAACUUCGAAAACGCAAGCGUGUGACGUAGUUGUGUUGAGUAAUUGAGCGUUUUUAUGUUGUCAUCGACUUUUUGUUGUAAAUAAAUAUUUACAAAUACAUACUGGAAAGAAACAACAAGUUGAAGUAGUUAGUUUAAAAUAAUGAAGAAGGAAAAGACAAAGAGAUGUCAGUAUAAGAAGAGAGAUAUAUAUAUAUAUAUGGUAGAUAAAGAAGUUGUUUGUUUGUUUGUUCUUAUUUUCAAUUAAUUAUACUGAAUUGUUGCUACGACAAAAGAAAGAACAUUAAAUACAAAAAAAUCAAUAUAUUGGGAAAUGAAUCAUAUUUACUUGAAUUCAACUAUAUUGUACAACUUGUACAAAACUUGGCACAAGAAUAUAGUUUUAUUCUUUUUUGUUGAUGUUGUUGUUGUUUACAAGUAGUAGUGAUCGAAACUACAUAUUGCAAGAUAAAUGUGAAUACAUGUCAAGGCCAAAGAAGAAGAAGAAGAAGAAGUGUGUGUGUGUGUGUACGUGCGAGAUAUAUGUAUAUGAGUAAACGGAAAGAGAUAUGUAACAGGUUGUUUUGUGAACUGAUCCCUCACUUUGUUUUUGUUUUUUUAAUGUUGGGAUAUGAAUGAAACAAAACGAAAGACAAACAAACCAUAGAUAUACAUAAACAUAUAUAUAUAUAUAUGUAAAUAUACCAAGAAGAAGAAGAAGAAGAAGAAA